CGCAGCCACUGUCCCGACCAUCCACGCAAAGCCGAGCCAGGCCGAUAUAGGUGUUUCGCUGAUCGGCGCAGGAAGGGACACGGGGACACCAGGGACACUGCAAGGUCGGGUCUUUGCCUGAGCCCAUACUACCAUGUUGUUCCGCACACCUUUCACGGACCUGGUGUCCGCUUGUGUGGAAGGAGAAAGCAACCGCAACUGCCAGAAGCUGUCCAUGCAGCUAGCGCUCUGCCAGGAGGCCUACGGCGCGCAUAGAGCUCAAGAGAAGUGCGCGGCGGAAAACGAGGACUUCAAAGAGUGUAUCUACGGUUUUAAGCAGCGUGCACGAGUGGUCAUCAUGCAACGAGAGCGGGAGAGGCAGUUCAAGAAUGGGGAGCGGAAGCAGCACUAUGCCGAAACGCCUCCCGUAGAUGGCUUCGCCAUGCGUGACCCGUUUUCAUAACCUGUUCACUUGCUGUAGGAAAUAAAUGCUGUGCAAAUGACUGCAA